AUGUCGUAUUUGCGUAAGGACCGCGUGUACGUGGUCAGCAACUUCUUUGCCAUGGCCAUGGCGGGGUUCGCCGCCUUCAUGAGCGGCGACUUCAUCCGGCUGCUGUGCUUCGACACGCUCGGUGACGAGUCGUACUGGAUUUUCGCGUACCAGAUGACGAUGUGGGUCUCCACGCUCGCGGCGUCACUGGUCAAGACGCCCGCCGCACCCAGCCUUAUGUACUGCCUGCGGAUCAACAUAUUCUUCCUGGUCUCCGCAGCCGUUGGUUUCUUCAUGCAGUGGUUCGAGUCCAUCUCGUUCCACUUCGUGAUCGUCAUCUGGGCGUACAUCACCGGACUGGCGUUGGUGAACGCCGUUGUCUUCGCCUCCUACCACCACUCGGGUUCGCGUGGACUCAUGCUUGGCUCCAUGCUUUCGUUCGCCACCACCUACGGCGUCCUCGAGCUGGUGAAGUAUUGGACGUGGAAGCACGGGGAGUUGGGAAAAUAUCGCAACAUUGUGUUGGCGUAUCUGAUCCUCAGGCUGGUCAUGAACUGCGCUGCCAUGUCGUUCCUAUCGUCGGGGGCGCAGGAAACGCACUUCGAGCAGUUUGACAAGGCUUUCGAACUGAUAAAAAGCGGCGUGAUGAUGGAGUGGUUGAGUGGCACUUUACACGAGAGGGAUGUUCAACUUGCCCUUAAGGAGGUCACCCCGCAUUACGUUAGCCCGGUUGCGGGUGUACGUUAUAUUUUCGAAAAAUCUGAUCUCACGGUGGUUUGGCUUAUUUUCCUGGCCAUGUGCCUCAGCUGUUCGAUAUUCACACCAUAUAUCGCAGCAGCCAACUGGGACCUAUCCGUUUUCAAAAUGGGCCACAUCGACAGGGCCGAGCACGUAGGCAACCUAAUGGGUGUUAUUGUGGCUGUUACUUGCAAGCGCUCAUGGUUUAAAGCUGUCGGUUUGGGACUUGUAUACGUGGUUCAUGCUGCUCUGGGGUCAUUCCUGACGUACUACGUGCACAGUUACAGGAUGAGCCUACGCAUGCCCCUGGAGGCCAUGUGCGUACUGACUUGCGUUAACGCCUCAUUCGGGAGCUUCCUCACCGUCUCCACGUUCAUCCACUUCUUCGAGCUGGCUGUCAACCUGAGGUGCACAAAUCAAGAAGAGAAGACAAAAUUGCCACAAUUGUGUUGCCGUGAUGACGAAAGUUCAGAGUGCCUAUGCAGCGAACAGUUUUGUGACGAGAAUUGCGGCACGAAAACGUGUGACGUUGAGGGUUCCAAGAAGGUUAAGAUAUAUAUACCUCCAAACACCGAGGAAAUGUACCGACUUUGGCUUCCUGGCCAAUGUCUAUUAUGCUGGCUCUACAGGCACAACCCCGAUGAGGUCUGCAAAAUCCCAUGCUAUAUGCGGACAAACCAAGAACAAACUAAACUGGAUGAAUGUGAAAUAUAUCUUCUAAGGAAUUGCAAAGUAUCCUUAUGUGGAUAUUGUGACAUGAACCUUCUCAUGGAGUGCGUUAAAGUAGAGUGCAUUUGCAAAGAGGAAUGCAACAUACCGCUACCAAAUGCCAAUAUGUAUAAGGAGGACGAAGAGUGUCAAAAGGCAUUGAAAGAGAAAGAGAAGAAACAUGAAGAGAAAGAGGCUGCGGGUAGUGAAGCAACACAGCCUAUGCAACAGGGUGAACCCCAGCAACCUGCUACAGCAUCAUGUGCUGCUGGACAAGACGGAAAAGUAACUGAGACAUCCGAACAACCGGAAGAAACAGUAUCCCAAAUCACCAGUGAGGGAAGCGAUGAGGGAAAUAAAGAUGAGGAAUCCGAUGAGGAAACCGAUGAGAAACCUAUUAAGAAACCGCUACACGAAAUCUGUCUAUGUGAGGGUAAAAAUGUAUCCAUCGUGACAACAUCGUCAUCAGAAUUUGUUGUUAGGGAAUCGUCGUGCUGUGAUUCGAAAAACACAGAGCCCACUCCAAGGCAAGAAGAUGUAGAGUGCGAGUCGGAUGGCAGAGAAUUCAAGCUGUCAUCUAUGUGCUGCUAUUCUUGUUGUCACUAUGGACUAAAGGUGAUGAUGAGACUUAAGGCGCCCAACAACAACUUCCACUUAAUGCAGCAGCCAUAUCCUGGCAAAUUCGACCCUAUAGGUUGUCUUGUGUUUAAUGGCCGCUGUAAUAAUGAUGACGAGCAUAAAAAACUUGGUGAAGAAAAGAAGAAAAAAAGCGACCAAAAAAAAAGGGAAAAGGAGGAAAAGAAAAGAAAAGAAAAGGAGAAACAAAAACAGGAAAAGGAAUCCCAAAAAAAGGAAAAGGAAGAAAAAGAAAAAACGGAAGAUUCGGAAGCUAAAACAGAGGCAGGCGCUAAAAAAACAGAAGACGAGGAUGACAUUUUGGAAGUUGAAGAAGACGCUGAUUCUUUAAAGUACGCUUGCCCAAAAUCUACCUUAAAGUCAAUUACUAGGGUAGCCUGUGGUGAGAAUACUAAGGAUGACAAUGGGCUCUGUGCAUGUUGCAAAACAGCACAAAAGGCAUCUGAAGAAAAGAAAAGGGAGAAGGAAAAGACUCCGAAAAAACCAGAGGUUCCUUCACCAAAGCCUGUAACUCCGGCUCCCCAAAACACAUAUCCAGACCAUCCCGAGUGUUGCCACAUGAAAGUGCAGCCAACAGCUUUGCCAUUCCACUUCAAGGAGAUUGACUUGAAGAGGAACAGCUACGUGGGCGCUCUCUUCUUUAUCAUUCUAAUUUUUGGAACUGCUAAACUGAUCGUGGCAAUUGCCUUUGCUGCGUUAGACGUUAAAUAUGGCUUAGAUCUUUCAUCCAACUUCAAUCUAAUCAAGCCCUUCUACGAAAAGUCGGUAGAUCCAAUAACAUACGGUAUAAAUACUGCGUUGUCUAAUGAGGAUUUGUUGAAGCAAUUCACUCAGGAAAUGGAAUAUUCCAGCCCACCUAAGUUAGCUGCCAUGGUCCCAUUACAGCGUUGGAUGGAAUCGCCAUCAUUCGACAGCAUAUAUGAAGACAACGUGAGAGUAUUUUCAACCAAACCCGAGGAAUCUUCUACGGAAGUGGUAGAUGAGGUUGAGAACGCAGAUGGGGAUGCCAACGAUGAGAGCAGAGCUAUCAGUGACAACGGUGGUAUGGUUUCCAGUAGCAUCGGCUUACCUUCGCUUGAUCAGCUUGGUGAAGAUGACGAUGUGAGCAGCGUGAUUGAAGAAAAACAGUCAGACGAUGUCGGAAGCGACAAGAAGACUGGUGAUGCCAUAACUAAAGCAGUAAAACGCAGCAAGAAAGGUACUCAGAAAAAUGCUCUUGAGCCACAAACUGAAGAAGAAGACAGCGUUGUAAACGCCGAAGAUGAAGCGAACAAUGAUAGUGAUGUUGACAAAAAGGCGAAAGGCAGUCCCGCUGUUGAAAAGGUUGUCCGGAGUGCCAUUGACGGUGGCGAAUCCGAAAGCGGCAACAAGUCAGAUGACGAGGAAGAAGAAGAGGAUUUGACAUUGGUAGGCUAUGAAAAGAAGGCGAUGGAAGCUGUCCUGGAGCAGUACAAGUGGCUCUGCAACGACCUCGAGUACGCCUUCGUGGAGAACUGGGUGCAGGAGACCACCGACUUGAAGAACAAGGAUGACGAGGAUGUGGAAAAGAUCAAGAGGAUACGGCGUGUCAAGUGGUGCCUGGACUGUGGACUCAAGGUCUACGCCUAUCAGAGCGCCGAUGCUAUCAUGGUCUACUUGGAGAGCAUGUGCGAGAAAUGGGACGCCGAAAUGACACACUACGGAUCAGCAGUCACCAAAAAGCUCAAGGUGGUCGGUGACAACGUUUCGAUGCUGUCGCCAAUGAAGAUGGCAAAGAUCGGCGACCAUGAUUGGCAGGCUGCCCUUACCGACGCCCAGAUCACGCUGUGGAGAGAGGCAAGCGCAGAUGCCGAAAAACUCGCGAAGUUCACCAAGCAAGACAAACAGCUAAGGGAAGAAGCUACUGCUGCGAGGGGAGUUGACAUGAUCGUCACGAUGAUUGCGUUAUGGGAGUACAGAGUCGAGGUGAUCAACGAACUUACAAACGAUGGCGAGGUAUUCCUCAGCUGGCGCCAGUUUAUGCACAACUGGGAGCUAAUCCUCAGCUGGAAGGAGAACUUCCUUGCCCUGUACCUCGAGGAGUACAAGGGAGUGAAGUCCCUCGAGACUGAUGGCGCAGAGGCCCAGGAGUGA